AGAGAGAGAGAGAGAGAGAGAGAGAGAGAGGCAACUGUAUAUUGAGUGGUCGCUGUAUUGUAUUGUAAGGUGUUGAGUUGGUACAUAGGAAUUAUCCAAUCGAGCGAUUACAACUGAUCGUAUACAAGGAUUGUAAGAAGAAGAAGAACUCUCCGCACGCGUGGCUUCACUUCACUUCUCGUCUUGUCCACAUGUCGAACUACGGAGUCAGAGAGCUCGCAUGGGAAAAUGGGCAACUAACCGUUCAUGGCUUAGGCGGAAUGGUGCAACCAACCACCUCGGCUAGGCCCAUAUGGGCUCCAAGCCUCGGUGGCUGCGACACGUUGGAGUCAGUAGUCCACCACCACGCUGCGCUGCACGGCAAGCUGCAGGGCCAGGAUGGUCCAAACAACGAGCCGAGCAAUCAGGAUGGUCCAGCCGCGAGGAAACGUCCCCAUUCAUCAGACACAGAUCUAUGGUUCGGGUUGCAAGAGGAGAGCCUCGGGUUGGGCCAGAGCGUGUCUGCAAGUGACAGCCGUACCAACGACACAAGAACUAUGUCUUGGACCUCUUAUGAAUCUUCUCGGAGCCUGAAGACAGCCAGAACUGGAAACAAAGAUCAUGUCCGUUCCGGAUCGGAAACUCGAGAAACAGAAGGAGAAGAACAAGAGACGAAAGGGGAAACAGGGCGUUCUUGCAGAAGAGGAAGGGCUGCAGCUAUUCAUAACGAAUCCGAGAGGAGACGACGCGAUAGGAUCAAUCAGAGGAUGAGGACGCUUCAGAAGCUUCUUCCCGAUGGAAGUAAGACGGAUAAAGUCUCGAUCUUGGACGAGGUGAUCGAUCACCUGAAACAGCUGCAAGCGCAAAUCCAGUUCAUGAGCAUGAGACCAAACUUACCACAUCAGAUGAUGAUGCCGCCAUUGCCAUCCCACCAAUCAGUUCUCAGCAUGCAGCAACAACAACAACUUCAGAUGGCUCUUCUCGCGACAAUGGCAAGUAUGGGGGUGGGAUGCGGUGGAAAUGCUUUCGGAGGAUGUUUUAUUCCUCAACCGCCGUCGCCAUUGAUGAUUCCUCCCAUGAACACCAGAGACUGCAACAACGGCUCUUCAUCCACCAUGCCUGAUCCUUACAGAGCCUUUGUUGCACAGAAGAUGAACAUGGAUCUCUACAACAAAAUGGCUGCGGCUAUCUACAAGCAACAGUCUGAUCAAACUACACAGAAGAAGUUGUACAUAGUGAAGCAAAAGGACAAACCUUCAAAGAGUUGAUGUGGUGGCCUGGCUCUGAAGUUUCUGAGAUUUCUUGUUGUCCUGAAGAGAGAUAACAGUCUCAAAUGCACCGACAAGUGCUUUAACCUUGCUCUUCCUCACCUCUGCUAACUUACUUGCAGUUUCUUCAAUCACGUUAUUGAACAACGUCUGCAGCUUCUUCUUCGUU